UAAUCGAAUGAAAAUAACCGAUUAUAAUCGGUUAUUCGAUUAGUCGUGCAUUUACUAAAAUACUGCAUGAAUCGUUCAUGAAAAUACUGUGGCAUACAUCGCACGACUGACGUAGCGAAAUUUGCGGAUCUAGUAACUACAAAAAUAUAUAAAAUAAAAAUGGCCACAACUUUAGCUGCAGACCGAUUCUGGGUGGAUAAAGCCAACUUUCACAAUGCCGAACGUCAAUAUUACGAAUUUUUAAACAAGGAGGAGGAUAAACAGAUAAGUGGCGACGGACACUUGAAUGGUGUCCAAGAGCCCCCAUCUAAACAGAAAAAAAACAAAAAAAUCAAGAACAAGAAGAAUGAAAGUAUAGCAAAAGUCACGGAAAUAUCGACAAACUCUGAAAGCGAAGAGAGGCUUUUAUUAACCGGCCACCAGGUUAAUGCACCCAUUGAAAUAGCUAAAGUGGGGGCAAAAUCAACUGGAGAGAAGCUCAAAAAGAGAAAUAAAACAGCUAAGAAAAAUACCGAUUUGUCGGGUACCGCGGCCAACAGUCAGUGCACUUUAGUCUCGGAAAUCGCCAAGGCCAGAGAGCACAUAAAAAAUUCUUUAGAAAAGAUGGACGGUAUUACUACACUGACUUCUUCUCCAGUGUCUGGCGAGGUCCUAGAUCGCGUUGCUGCUAUAGAAAAAGACAAUGCCGAUUUGAGAAAGUUAGUCGAGAGCUUGAAGUCGGUAUGUUUGGAAACCCAAAACCGUAUAACAGCUUUAGAGAAAAAGGUGAACACCGAAUUAUCUGGAGCUGUAUCAGCCAACCCUAUUCCCGCCCCUGCUGCUAAGGCCGCUCCUGUAAAAGUGGCUGCCGAAGAAGACGAUGAUGAUGUCGACCUUUUUGGAUCCGAAGAAGAAGAGGACGACGAAGCCGUGCGCAUACGUGAAGAGCGUCUGGCUGCUUACGCUGCAAAGAAAUCGAAGAAACCGCAAAUUAUCGCCAAAUCCAGCUUGAUUUUAGAUGUCAAGCCAUGGGACGAUGAGACAGAUCUUAAGGUCAUGGAAACAGAAAUAAGAAAAAUCGAGACAGAUGGCCUUUUAUGGGGUGCUUCUAAGUUUGUGCCAGUCGCUUUUGGUAUUCAAAAGCUUAGCAUCUCCUGCGUCGUUGAAGAUGAUAAAGUCUCUAUCGAUUGGCUAACUGAAGAAAUCGAAAAGUUAGAGGAUUACGUACAAAGUGUAGAUGUUGCUGCAUUCAAUAAAAUUUAAAUAAAUUUAUUAAAUAAAAAAGUUAUUCGUAUCUAAA